AUGCUGCCGUUAAGAUUCAUACGAACGCGAUCUCGGCGGAGUCCAUGUCUUUCGAAGGGUGUGUGGGUGGAAUCGCCUGCAACGAAUUCGACUCAAAGGUAUGGAAAAAGAUCUAAAACAACAACGGCUGUAUCCGGGAAAUACGUAUCUACCUUGAACCACCAUAAAUUAUUGCCCAGCGAUUUUCUCAGUCACCUCUCCAAUCGUUCCCAGCCUAGUGUUUGGUUGUUGAACGUAGCUAAGGAUAAGCUUAAAGAUCCUCGCUCGAAGACUGGUAUUCGUCCCGCCUGCCGCUGGAGGUUCAGGUACCAUGACAUGAAUGGCAAGCCAACCCCGUUUCCUCCAAACUCAUCCGGAUUCCUCUACUAUCACCAACCCCAAGGCGCACCUCUGCUUUCUGGAGAAGUACGCUUUCGACUCACUCCAAAUAGCCUCCCUGAGAGUUUUAGUCAAGGCGAAGACUGUCUUACCCCACAUGGAGACAUCUGGAAGAUUCCCCUCCUUUCUCUUCAUGGUCAUAAAGCUCAUCAGAAUAUCUAUCGACAGCUUCAGCUGGACGGGUUCGUCUCUGAUGCAUUACAUUCAAAGCUCAACUCUUUUGCCAAGACUUGCCGCUGUCCUCGGCAUAGCGGUAUCAUCUUACAUUCACUGCACCAAGUAUUUCCUGUAAAUUUUGCAGCGCGUGCUUUGAACCUCUCCGUGGUGGGCGACUCGACUUCCCGAAGGGUUUCCUUACAAUUCCCCUUUGCAACGCAAGUCAUGGGCUACAAGAAGGUGUCUCCAUUCACCAGUGCGGAUGACCUCUUUCUUGAAGAAAUUACGAGUCGAAACUGA